GAGGGCUGCAGCCUGAGCUGCUCUGAGCUCCAGCUGCUGGGAGAGACCGAUUGGCCUUCUCGGCCACAUGCCUGAAGCUCGGAGUCAGCACCAGGCAGAGCAAAGGCGCGCCGCAGCCUCCGAGUCCCGGAUCACCGCGGGGACUGCGCACCCGUGGCUCCAAGCAGCCGCGCACCUCCCAAACCCGAGGUGUGUCCCCAAUGCCCACCGCCGGCAAGGUUGAACUCUGAGGCAGCUGCUACACCGGCUUCUCCACCUUGGGAACAAGUGACUGACACCGCGGGAAGCCCGUGAGGCAUAUACCAUUGUAUUUUUCCCUUUACAAUGGCGCAGAGGAGUGGACUUGAAGAUCCGGAGAGGUAUCUCUUUGUGGAUAGGGCUGUAAUUUACAAUCCUGCCACUCAGGCUGACUGGACUGCUAAAAAGCUGGUUUGGAUUCCAUCAGAACGCCAUGGUUUUGAGGCAGCGAGUAUCAAGGAAGAGAGAGGAGAUGAAGUUAUAGUUGAAUUGGCAGAGAAUGGAAAGAAAGCAAUGGUCAAUAAAGAUGAUAUUCAAAAGAUGAACCCACCUAAAUUUUCCAAAGUGGAAGAUAUGGCAGAAUUAACAUGUUUGAAUGAAGCAUCUGUUUUACAUAACCUCAAGGAUCGUUAUUAUUCUGGACUUAUUUAUACCUACUCCGGACUAUUCUGUGUAGUCAUAAAUCCUUACAAGAAUCUUCCAAUUUACUCUGAAAAUAUUAUCGAAAUGUACAGAGGGAAGAAACGUCAUGAGAUGCCCCCACACAUUUAUGCUAUAUCUGAAUCUGCUUAUAGAUGUAUGCUUCAAGAUCGUGAAGAUCAGUCGAUUCUUUGCACGGGUGAAUCUGGUGCUGGAAAGACAGAAAAUACCAAGAAAGUUAUUCAGUAUCUUGCUCAUGUUGCUUCUUCCCAUAAAGGAAGAAAGGACCAUAACAUUCCGCCUGAAUCGCCUAAGCCAGUGAAACAUCAGGGAGAACUUGAAAGGCAACUUUUACAAGCAAAUCCAAUCCUUGAAUCAUUUGGAAAUGCAAAAACUGUGAAAAAUGACAACUCUUCUCGUUUUGGCAAGUUUAUACGGAUUAACUUUGAUGUGACUGGUUAUAUCGUUGGAGCCAACAUCGAGACAUAUCUUUUGGAAAAAUCUCGAGCAGUUCGUCAAGCUAAAGAUGAACGUACAUUUCACAUAUUUUACCAACUGCUAUCUGGAGCAGGAGAACAUCUAAAGUCUGACUUGCUUCUUGAAGGAUUUAAUAACUAUAGAUUUUUAUCCAAUGGCUACAUUCCUAUUCCUGGACAGCAAGACAAAGAUAACUUUCAAGAGACAAUGGAAGCGAUGCAUAUAAUGGGCUUCUCUCAUGAUGAAAUCUUGUCAAUGCUUAAAGUAGUGUCUUCAGUGCUACAGUUUGGAAACAUCUCUUUUAAAAAAGAAAGGAAUACUGAUCAAGCUUCCAUGCCAGAAAACACAGUUGCACAGAAACUCUGUCAUCUCCUGGGGAUGAAUGUAAUGGAAUUUACUCGUGCCAUCCUUACUCCUCGGAUCAAGGUUGGCAGAGAUUAUGUCCAGAAAGCCCAAACUAAGGAACAAGCUGAUUUUGCUGUAGAAGCACUGGCAAAAGCUACCUAUGAACGUCUUUUUCGCUGGCUUGUUCAUCGAAUUAAUAAAGCUCUGGAUAGAACCAAACGACAAGGAGCAUCUUUCAUUGGAAUUCUGGAUAUAGCUGGGUUUGAAAUUUUUGAGUUGAAUUCCUUCGAGCAACUCUGCAUCAACUAUACCAAUGAGAAACUACAACAAUUGUUCAAUCAUACCAUGUUUGUCCUUGAGCAAGAAGAAUACCAGCGAGAAGGCAUUGAGUGGAAUUUCAUUGAUUUUGGACUAGAUCUGCAGCCCUGUAUUGACUUAAUAGAACGACCAGCUAACCCACCUGGCGUUUUGGCUCUUUUGGAUGAAGAAUGCUGGUUUCCUAAAGCUACUGACAAGACCUUUGUGGAAAAACUGGUUCAAGAGCAAGGCACACAUUCCAAGUUCCAAAAACCCAGACAGCUGAAAGACAAGGCAGAUUUUUGUAUUAUUCAUUAUGCAGGAAAGGUGGACUAUAAGGCUGAUGAGUGGCUGAUGAAGAACAUGGAUCCACUGAAUGACAAUGUAGCUACACUUUUACAUCAGUCAUCAGACAGAUUUGUUGCUGAACUUUGGAAAGAUGAGAUUCAGAAUAUUCAGAGAGCUUCUUUCUAUGACAAUAUUUCUGGUCUUCAUGAUCUACCAGUGGAUCGUAUUGUGGGUCUGGAUCAAGUCACUGGCAUGACAGAGACUGCUUUUGGUUCAGCAUAUAAAACCAAAAAGGGCAUGUUUCGUACUGUUGGGCAGUUAUACAAAGAAUCUCUCACUAAAUUGAUGGCCACCCUUCGAAAUACUAACCCUAACUUUGUUCGCUGCAUCAUUCCCAAUCAUGAGAAGAGGGCUGGAAAACUGGAUCCUCAUCUAGUUCUUGAUCAGCUCCGUUGCAAUGGUGUCUUGGAAGGGAUUAGAAUUUGUCGACAGGGAUUCCCAAACCGGAUAGUGUUCCAGGAAUUCAGACAGAGAUAUGAGAUUCUAACUCCAAAUGCUAUUCCAAAAGGCUUUAUGGAUGGUAAACAAGCUUGUGAACGAAUGAUCCGAGCCCUAGAAUUAGAUCCUAAUUUGUACAGAAUUGGACAGAGUAAGAUAUUCUUCAGAGCUGGCGUUCUGGCCCACUUGGAGGAAGAACGAGAUUUAAAGAUUACAGACAUCAUCAUCUUUUUCCAGGCUGUUUGUAGAGGUUACUUAGCCAGAAAGGCAUUUGCGAAGAAACAGCAACAAUUGAGUGCCCUGAAAGUCUUACAACGUAACUGUGCAGCUUAUCUAAAAUUACGUCAUUGGCAGUGGUGGCGAGUUUUUACUAAGGUGAAGCCUCUACUGCAGGUUACCCGCCAGGAGGAGGAGCUUCAGGCCAAGGAUGAAGAGCUGUUGAAAGUUAAAGAGAAGCAGACAAAAGUAGAAGAAGAGCUUGAAGAAAUGGAAAGGAAACACCAACAGCUUUUAGAGGAGAAGAACAUUCUUGCAGAGCAGUUACAAGCAGAAACAGAGCUCUUUGCUGAAGCUGAAGAGAUGCGAGCUCGUCUAGCUGCAAAAAAACAGGAGCUAGAAGAAAUUCUUCAUGACCUGGAGUCCAGGGUUGAAGAGGAAGAAGAACGAAACCAAGUUCUCCAAAAUGAAAAGAAAAAAAUGCAAGGGCACAUUCAGGACUUAGAAGAGCAGCUUGAUGAGGAAGAAGGAGCUCGACAAAAACUACAGUUGGAAAAAGUCACAGCAGAAGCCAAAAUCAAGAAAAUGGAGGAGGAAAUUCUACUUUUAGAAGACCAAAAUUCCAAAUUUAUCAAGGAAAAGAAACUGAUGGAAGAUCGCAUUGCUGAAUGUUCUUCUCAACUGGCUGAAGAAGAAGAGAAAUCCAAAAACUUGGCCAAACUCAGGAAUAAGCAAGAGGUGAUGAUCACAGAUUUAGAAGAACGCUUAAAGAAGGAAGAAAAAACUCGUCAAGAACUAGAAAAAGCUAAAAGAAAACUUGAUGGUGAAACUACAGAUCUUCAGGACCAAAUAGCUGAGCUACAGGCCCAGAUUGAAGAACUAAAAAUCCAGUUGGCCAAAAAAGAGGAGGAGCUACAGGGUGCUCUCGCCAGAGGUGAUGAUGAAACACUUCAUAAAAACAAUGCACUGAAAGUUGUACGAGAACUACAAGCUCAGAUUGCUGAGCUCCAGGAGGACCUAGAGUCAGAAAAGGUGUCCCGAAACAAAGCAGAGAAGCAGAAAAGAGACUUGAGUGAAGAGCUGGAAGCCCUGAAAACAGAACUUGAGGAUACUUUGGAUACUACUGCAGCUCAGCAAGAGUUAAGGACAAAACGUGAGCAGGAAGUAGCUGAACUGAAGAAGGCUAUUGAAGAAGAAACUAAGAACCAUGAAGCACAAAUCCAAGACAUAAGGCAGAGACAUGCUAAUGCCCUAGAGGAACUCUCUGAACAACUUGAACAAGCUAAAAGGUUCAAAGUAAAUCUUGAAAAAAAUAAGCAAGGUCUAGAGACUGAUAACAAGGAGUUGGCCUGUGAAGUGAAGGUAUUACAGCAAGUCAAAGCUGAAUCUGAACACAAGAGAAAGAAACUGGAUGCUCAAGUACAAGAACUUCAUGCCAAGGUUACAGAAGGAGACAGGCUGCGGGUAGAACUUGCUGAAAAAGCAAAUAAGCUCCAAAAUGAGUUGGAUAAUGUCUCAAGUCUCCUGGAAGAAGCAGAGAAAAAGGGCAUUAAAUUUGCCAAGGAUGCAGCCAGUCUUGAGUCACAGUUACAGGAUACACAGGAGUUGCUUCAAGAAGAGACGCGCCAAAAGUUAAACCUCAGCAGUCGAAUCAGGCAAUUAGAGGAGGAGAAGAACAAUCUUCAGGAGCAGCAGGAGGAAGAGGAGGAGGCCAGGAAAAGCCUGGAGAAACAAGUGCUGGGCUUGCAUUCACAGUUGGCCGAUGCUAAGAAAAAGGUAGAAGAUGAUUUGGGAACAAUUGAAAAUUUGGAAGAGAGCAAGAAGAAAUUGCUGAAAGACAUGGAGGCUUUGAGCCAGCGCUUAGAGGAAAAGGCACUGGCUUAUGAUAAGCUUGAGAAAACUAAGACACGCUUACAGCAAGAGCUCGAUGACUUAAUGGUGGAUCUAGAUCAUCAACGCCAGAUUGUUUCCAACUUAGAGAAAAAGCAGAAGAAAUUCGAUCAACUCUUGGCAGAAGAAAAGAAUGUUUCUGCUCGAUAUGCAGAAGAGAGAGAUCGGGCUGAAGCAGAAGCAAGAGAGAAAGAGACCAAAGCCUUGUCCUUGGCCCGAGCCCUGGAAGAAGCAUUAGAAGCAAAGGAGGAAUUUGAGAGGCAGAAUAAGCAGCUGCGCACUGAUAUGGAAGACUUGAUGAGCUCAAAGGAUGAUGUGGGAAAAAAUGUCCAUGAACUUGAAAAAUCCAAACGGGCUUUGGAACAGCAAGUUGAAGAAAUGAAGACACAGUUGGAGGAACUGGAAGAUGAACUUCAGGCUACAGAAGAUGCUAAACUUCGUCUGGAAGUCAAUAUGCAAGCCAUGAAAUCCCAGUUUGAAAGAGAUUUGCAGACUAGAGAUGAACAGAAUGAAGAGAAAAAGAGGUUACUGAUUAAACAGGUGCGUGAACUUGAGGCAGAAUUGGAGGAUGAGCGUAAACAAAGGGCUCUUGCAGUUGCUUCCAAGAAGAAAAUGGAAAUGGAUCUGAAGGACCUUGAGGCACAGAUAGAGACGGCAAAUAAGGCAAGGGAUGAAGUGAUCAAACAGCUUCGAAAACUUCAGGUACAAAUGAAAGACUACCAGCGUGAAUUAGAAGAAGCUCGUGCAUCCCGGGAUGAGAUCUUUGGUCAGUCCAAGGAAAAUGAAAAAAAAUUAAAAAGUCUGGAAGCAGAAAUACUUCAACUACAAGAGGAACUUGCGUCUUCUGAAAGAGCCCGUCGUCAUGCUGAACAAGAGAGAGAUGAACUUGCUGAUGAGAUAGCCAACAGUGCUUCUGGGAAAUCCUCUUUACUGGAUGAGAAACGGCGCCUGGAAGCUCGUAUUGCACAGCUGGAAGAAGAACUGGAGGAAGAACAGAGCAAUAUGGAGCUCCUCAAUGACCGGUUCCGUAAAGCCACUUUGCAGGUGGAUACUCUCAAUUCUGAGCUGGCUGGAGAGCGUAGUGCUGCCCAGAAAAGUGAAAGUGCCCGUCAGCAGCUUGAGAGACAGAGCAAAGAGCUGAAGGCUAAAUUGCAGGAGCUAGAGGGGUCAGUAAAGUCCAAAUUCAAGGCCACCAUCUCUGCUUUGGAAGCAAAAAUUGGACAGAUGGAAGAACAGCUUGAACAAGAAGCCAAGGAACGAGCAGCAGCCAAUAAGCUUGUUCGUCGUACAGAGAAGAAACUAAAAGAGAUUUUCAUGCAGGUAGAAGAUGAACGUCGACAUGCAGAUCAGUACAAAGAGCAGAUGGAGAAAGCCAACGCCAGAAUGAAGCAGCUCAAACGCCAACUUGAAGAAGCAGAAGAGGAGGCCACCCGGGCUAAUGCCUCCCGGCGCAAACUCCAGCGUGAACUGGAUGAUGCCAUAGAGGCCAAUGAAGGCUUGAGCCGGGAAGUCACUACUCUGAAAAACAGGCUGAGGAGAGGAGGUCCAAUCACUUUCUCUUCCAGUCGAUCCAGCAGGCGCCAACUACAUAUUGAGGGAGCAUCCCUUGAACUGUCAGAUGAUGACACAGAGAGCAAAACCAGUGAUGUCAACGAGAUGCCACCUGCACCAGUGGAAUAAAGAGAAAGGACCAGAAGCCAAUUAUGAUACUGUGGGGUGAACAAGGACUUCCCUGACCACCAGUCUGCCUUGUGGCCACUAAUCUGCAAAGGAAAUGGGCAAAUUAUAAGGUUAUUUA